AUGUGUCAACCAAUUUGUGACCCUAGUCUAUGUGGACGUUCAAGCGACGAAUCCUGCUCCGGACCAUCUCGACUCGCAUCGAACAUUCUUUUCAUACAAGAAGUUCCUGGAAGUACGCCGAGUCAGGCGGAAAAGAAAAGACGCAAGGAAUUGGCUCGUGAAAACAUCAUCAUUGAACCACUCGAGUUUAUUCCAUUUCCUCCUAAAAUCACUGUUGAAGAGGUGUUGAUGUUAAAUAAAAACCUCGAGAGUAAAUCGAAGCCACCCAACCGCUUCUUUAUCUUCAGAAUGUAUUAUGUAAGGGAACUACACCGACAAGGAAGAACCUACUCGCAGACUGCGUUAUCGAGGACAAUCGGUAGGUGCUGGAGGAAACUUCCAGAAUAUAAAAAAGACUGUUACGGGGAGCUGGCAUAUAAGGCGAGGAUGCUUUUCAGGGAGAAGCAUGGUGACAAUGUGCCGGUUUGUGGUUAUGGUAGAAAGGCCGCGCCAAAGGAUAAAAAAGUUGCGCCAAAGAAUGAAAAGGCCACGUCAAAGAAUAAAAAGGUCGCGUCAAAGAAUAAAAAUGCCGCCGCAUCAAAGAAUGAAGAGGCCGAAGCCAAUGUGUAUAAACCCCCUUGUGAAAGUCUAACACAUUCGCAAGACUUUCCUCCGCCAUAUACGAGCACGUUAAAUAAUGAGGAGGCCGAAGCCAUUGUGUAUAAAUCCCCUUGUGAAAGUCUAACACAUUCGCAAGACUUUCCUCCGCCAUAUACGGGCACAUUAAAUAAUGAAGAGGCCGAAGCCAAUGUGUAUAAAUCCCCUUGUGAAAGUCUAACACUUUCGCAAGACUUUUCUCCGCCAUAUACGGGCACGUUAAAUAACGAAGAGACCGAAACCAAUGCAUAUAGUUCCCCUUGUGAAAGUCUAACACUUUCGCAAGGCUUUUCUCCGCCAUAUACGGGCACGUUAGAUAACGAAGAGGCCGAAACCAAUGCAUAUAGAUCCCCUUGUGAAAGCCUAACACUUUCGCAAGGCUUUCCUCUGCCAUAUACGAAUGAUGAAGAGGCCGAAUUCAAUGCAUAUGUUUCUCCCCUCGAAAGCCCAUUACCAUUCACAUCGUUCGGUUUUCCGUCGCCUUCUUCCUCAUAUUAUGCAAAUUAUCUUUCCCCUUGUCCGCGGCCGAACUCAUAUAGUGAAUUUGACAUCUCCGGUAUGACGGAACUAUUGAUGAGUCCAAGUGAGUUUACAUUUGCAUCGACGCCACGGCUAGAAGAAAACGAACUUGCUCUUUGGGAAGAGUACUUCCUUCAGGAGCACUCUCCACAGGAUAGUUGUUUUGAAAUUCACGAUUAUUAG